AUGCAACAUUCAUUAAAGAUGAAUCAUGUGGAAAAGAAUAACCAACAAGAAGAAAUAGCAUGUGAAGAGAUACUAGAGAAUGUUUGGGCAAACUUCAUAUCCAAGAAUGAUCAAGAUAAUGAUCAAAGAGUGACAAGUGAAUGUUCCGAAAAAUAUUGGGAACAACUUCCAAUUCUUGAAAGGUUGCCAAGCUUAGGGAGAUGGAUAUCAAUGGGAGCUGAAACUUGGGAAGAGAUUCUUGAUGGAAUUAUUGCGCCUCCUAAUGACAACAAAAAUUCAAACGACGGACCAACAAGCAAAGAUGAAGACGUCGUCAGAGUUGAGAAGACAAAGAAGAAGAUGGUAAUUAAUACGCGGCAUUAUAGAGGGGUAAGAAGGAGGCCAUGGGGAAAAUACGCGGCGGAGAUAAGGGAUUCAUCAAGAAAAGGAGCUAGGGUUUGGCUAGGGACUUUCAAUACUGCUGAAGAAGCUGCCAUGGCUUAUGACAACGCGGCUUUGAGAAUUAGAGGUCCCAAGGCCUACUUGAAUUUCCCUCUUGAAAAUGUUGCUCAAGCUAUGGGAAUAUCUAAUUGUCCUCAUGAAAAAGAAUGGACCUUUUCAUCAUCAGCUUCACAAAUGAGUAGUGCAUAUAAUUCAAGGAAAAGGGUAUCUAGGGAUUGGAACAUGUAUGAGGAUUUGGAUAUAAUUAAUCAAUUGCCUGUGCAAAAGAGGAUUACGAGAAGCAUGGAGGAGCAUCUUGAAAGUGACUUGGAUAUCCUAGAGUUUGAAGAUCUUGGAAGUGAUUAUUUGGACAGUUUAUUAGCCUCAUUGUGAUAGAAGAAAUAAUAAGUCUUAGAUACAAUAUUAGGGAAGA